AUGUACGUGGAUGCACAGCACAGCGCAGAAAGGGGAGAAAGCGAUGCAAGCAAGCAGAUAUUUGCGUACACCGUGCACGUGCAGGAAAAGAAAAGCCCCCCGCAGAGAAGGGAGGGAAUUUCCAAAGUGACGAUAGAGGGGGUUGCGCUGCAAACCCGGCCGAGAGACAUAUACGCCAUAUCCGACAAGUUUGACAUAUGCGAGCUCGAAGUGUGCUCGCCCGAAGAGAUUUUCCGGUGCGUGCAGUGGAAGAUAGACAUGAUUCGCCCGGAUCUGACAAAGGACCGCUGCCCGUUCAACAAAGGGUCCAUGUCAAGUGCCGUGCACAGCCAAAUAUACGUGAACAUAAACAUGGCCGGGUACAGGAGCCCGCACAGAAGAAGGCGGUGGAUAUACAACGUAAAGGAGGUUCUUAGACUCUGCAGCAAAAAGCACAUUAUUGUCUCCUUUGGCGCCGAGAUAAUGCCGGAGGAAGAGGUUGUUGAGAUAUUCAAAAAGUUCAAGGUAAAGGAAAGCGUCACCAGGAGCUUCUUCACGGAAAACAUCGAGAGAAUGCUCAUCCAGGCAGCCACCAGGAAGUAUGCGUACAUGGGAGUCCUCGUCCACAUGCAGGAAAACGAGACCGUUUUCAAGAAGAUGGUGUAUAAAGCGACAAAGACCGUCCCAGGAAUAAAAUAA